CAGAUUUGUGCCCAAAAUUUUUUUGAGGAAUCUCAAAUUUUGGAUUCAAUGGAAGGAAGUUAUGUUAUGAUCGGUGCAGUUGUAUUCAUGUUCAUCCGAUCGUGACAUGUGGAAGUUGAUCUCUGUUCUGAUCCAUUGCCGCAAAAAUUGGCUUGUCCUCCUCGAUAAUUUUCCCUCUGCUCUGACGUUCUUCUUUCUCCUUCAACCAACGCACGUCGGCCUUAAUUAGACCGCCAUUUCUCUAAAUUUUCGUUUUCUUUUUCGUCCUCUUCCUUCUCCUGACGCUGAUUCUCCUGAGAUUUCAGCAUCGGCUUCAAUGACGAGUUGUACAAGAUGCUGAAUCAACGCUAUCCCGAGGUAUCCUGUUUGGAAACAACCUUAAUUUUUCAUUUCAAUGGGAAACUGCUGGACUAAGGUUUUCAGUAGUGAUCAAGAAGACUAUGCUGAAGUCCAGAAUGUUGAUAGCAAAAACGUACAUCUCAUUGGAUCGAUGGAGAAGUGGGAGGCGAAGCUUUUGGAAGCGACCAGAGAUGGCAAGAUUGUCAUUGCGAAUUUCAGUGCAUCAUGGAGUAGACCUUGUAAGUCCAUGACGCCAGCAUAUUGUGAGCUUGCUGAUAAGUAUACUUCCAUGGUGUUUUUGGCCAUUGAUGUCGAUGAGCUAGCUGAGCUCAGUAAAUCAUGGGAUAUCAAAGCCACUCCAACAUUCGUGUUCUUUAAAGAUGGUCGCCAAGUAGAUAAAUUAGUAGGAGCUGACAAGUCAGAUCUGCAACAGAAGAUAACUGCAAUGGAUGAAUCGCACCCGUUCUACGCCUCCGGUUGGACCUGACCUUGGAAGCAUGGCGGCCAGCGUCGAAUCCGUUCACGACGGAGGUUAGAGGUGCGAUGGCUUCUAAAUUCGUUUUAAGAUUAAACAAAUCUAUAUUUAGACCGUUUAGUUCUACGCAAAUUUUAGAAUCAAAACUGAGGAACUGAGUGAAAACUACUUAGGUUUUGGGUACUUCGUGGAGGGACUCGUGUGAUAGGCUAUUUUGCGGUGGAAUUCCCUUUUGAUGACAGCAGUGGUGGGAGGGUGUUGGGUUCCCCGAUAGUCCAAAUUCUACGUCAUAAGCAUCCCCAAACUCGGAUAAGUCUGGUGGUACUCCCUACACAUUUUACCAAAAAAAAAAAAGCAAACGCUAACCA